GUGAAUUUAGAAUCGCGUUUUGAGUUUUAGGCGCAUGACCCUUAGCGGCCCCCGUACCAUGGGAAUGCAAGAACUACAACAAACCCGACUCAACGUGUAGUUUGUUUUUAGCUCGUAAGCUAACGCUGGGUAGCCGCAGUGCUACAGUGUUGACGAGGGCUGGAAAAAUAUCACCUAAACAAUGGCAUCCAGUCAUACGCUGAAGCUCACAAUUACUGAGACAAAGUUAGGCUUCUGUGGGUGCUGAGAAACUGCAAGCCAAAACUUUUCGCUGGUGUUUGAAAUGUACCACUUAUAUGGGCACAGACCACGAAUCGCAGAAAAACAAAAACAGGAAAUAAACGUGCAAGAAGCCGAUAUGCAGAUCAGUCUUACCUGAUGCUGACAAAGACGGAUUUCGUGUUUAGAGGGAUAACCUAAAGGGGGGAUUCCACCGAUUUCUCAAAAAUGAUCCACGAUUAAGUUGGAUACAGUACCAGACUCUGUGGGGACUGCAGAGGAACCAUCAAUUCUUCGUUGUAGAAAAUGCAGAAGAUGUGUUGCAGAUUCAACAUGCCUGCUUUUGGCAUCGAAAGAGUUCAUGGCCACAUGCAGUGUGUGGCAUGUGGAUGUUGAAACACUGCCAGAUUGGAUUCUGAAAAUAAUUAAUCAGGUUCACUGGACUGUCGGGAAGCUGAACUGUCAGUACUGUGGAGCUCGUCUGGGAGGUUUCAAUUUCAUAAACUGUCCGAAAUGUCCCUGUGGACACAAUUCAGCCGUGCACCUCAGCAAAAGCCGUGUUGAUCAGGCUGUAAAACAUUCUGUCCACUUGAGCAGACCAGGCAGGGCCAGAAGACAUGCAGAAAUACAGGCAGGAUUUCUGGGCAAUCCAAAAGAGCUAGAAGAACCAAAGGUCAGAGGCAACCUUGAGUCAAUUCCAAACCUGAAUCAGGAUCUACACCAAGUCAUCCAGAUGCUAAAAUCUGAGACAGAACUUCAGAGUAUGGCGACCCAAGUAACUCAUUUAGAUGGCGAGGCCUCUUUCAUCUCUCUCUGUAGUAGAACCCCUGAUUUGCCCCACAUCUCCCCUGUAGAUGAGGAUGUGACUGAGACAGUGGCUAUUGUGGACUCAGGCCAAGAACCACAAAGUCUUGUGUCUCUUGAAACAGAUAAUGAGGGUCCUGAAGCCCACGAAAGGCAGAUGCCUGUUCAAACAUCAGGUUAUCAAGAGAACACAGAAGGUCAUCUAGUUUACUUCACACCGCAGGAAAUGCCUUCUAUGGAAACAGAACUGGAACAAGAGCAAGAGAACAUCAUUCCGGGAACAACAGAGGAACAAAUGCAUCACACAACCUCCAGUCCUGUUCAGAACCUGACCAAGAAAGAGAAGAAUCGCUUAAAGAGCUUAAGGAGGAAGCAGAGAAAGAAAGCGCGAUGGAUUCAGAGUCAAAUUGAGGAGAAGAGUGUGAAGUGGAAUCUGACGAGCAGCGAUGACGAAGAGAAAGAAGGCUACACUUGUGCUGUGUGUUUGGAUGUGUACUACAAUCCUUACAUGUGCCAGCCCUGCAGCCACGUGUUCUGUGAGCCCUGUCUGAGGACGGUGGCAAAGAACCGGCCCAGCAGCACCCCCUGCCCCCUCUGCAGAACCCUCAUAUCACAUGUGCUCUUCCAGCAAGAGCUCCACCAAACCACCAGGACUUAUUUCCCUAAAGAAUAUCUUUCAAGAAAAGAGACUUUCCAGAAGACAAACUAUUCGAAGUGGCCCCUGCCCAGCUGCCCAAAGCGUUUCCGCAUUUUAUGGGGGUUCCAGCGACGUGGGGCUUUUACUAGCAGGUGGCAAUUUCCCCACCGAGCGUUUGGGCUAGACGGACUGGAACUGGGAGACAUGCGGGGGUGGCCUUUUGACUCUGACAUAGUGAUCGUCUCGAUCUACUCUUUUCACUGGGUGCUGGCUUUCAUCCUCUUUUGUGGCCUUUUUUACUUCUUUCUUUUCUGAUUUAAGGAGUGCACAGUUGAAUCAGAGAUGCACAAACUAGAACUGUUUUCUCUUUAAGUGCCUCAUUUUAGCUAUGAAGAUGUUACUGUAGAAGCUGUGUAUGUAUGUGUCUUUAAUUGUGUAUGUACAGGUUUGAACACCCCUGGUCAGAUUACAUGCUUUGUUGAUUCUCUAAGUGAAUAGAAGUUAACACAUCAUCUACAAGGAGAAAACUUUAAUAUAUUUUAUUAAAAAUAUAUUUUCUUUUCAAAUAUUAGUGCAUAAGGUCUUUUCAAGUUUCUUGGAAAAAAGAAAAUAUAAAAUGUGCUGUAACCUUCGCACGGGCCACUUUUUGUUUUAUUUUUUCCAAUAUUUUAAAAUCAGUGAAUAAUUGUAGUUGUGCAUUAAAAUGUGAGAACGUGUUCUCUGUAAAGAUUUAUUUUCAAUUAGAAAAUCAGAAAAAAAAUGUUAAUUUCCAGGGGCGCCCAAACGUUUGCAUACAAAGUAUGUAGCAUUUGUUGUGAAAGGUUUCUGCUAAUAUAUAGGCUGUAUCAUUGGAUGAACAUCAAGAGGAAAAUGUCAACAGUGAGAUGGCAAUGGCAAGUUUCAGCAUUUUAAAGAGGUGCUUUUAUUUAAAUGAUUCCUUUUCUGUUUGAAAUUUAAAUGUUGAUUUAACAUUUUAAUUUGUUUAAUCUGUUUUUUAAUGUUUUUGUUCCGAUUGGGCUUAAAAUGUACCUGUUGUGGGUAAUUUUCAUGGUUUGUUUUAAUCAGUAAAUAAUGUUUUAAUGUA